UGUUCCUAGUAACUUCACCUACAGCCAAUGAUCCUAGUCAAGUCUAAACUCGGGGCCCGCUGCGUUCUCUCUAGAGAGUUGUAGAUCGCACCCCCGCCAGCCAGUCAGAAGAGACGAGCCAAUGUGAGCAGUCUGGUUCAACUCAGCGGAUUACAGUGACCAGAUCUGACCGUGGUCUGUCUUUAAAUUGUACAAUCAAUAAGCAGUUUGGCAUUGAUACCAGUUAAUUAUCUAUAUUAGAUCUACAAGCUGUGUUUAGACCAUCAAGAGCCAAAUUAAGAGAUGGGGGGAAAAGGAUAAUUUGUGUGUUGUAGAAAAUCUUCUAUUAUAUUGAAAGUAAGUCUUCACUUCUAUAUAAAGUCUACCAGUAGGAGUAAAGCAAGAAACUUUGUUAAAGACCUGCCAGCACUUGAAAUGGAACCACACAAGUCUUUAACAUCUAAAGAAGCUCUGUUUCCGGUAUGGUAAGGGACACUAGCCACUGUUCCAUCUUUCGACACCAGGCCCAGUUGCUAAGCGUGUCAAGGGGCAAUAACUCCACGUUCCCUCGGUGAAAGAAGAGAAGAGAAUAUAUUGCGGUGGAGAGGAAAUGCCCCACUUAGCUUAGUGAUUGUACAGAGGUGGAAGUAGCUCAGCUCACAUCAGGCGUUCACUGCAGGACACCAGUGCUCACUUACUGGGUAAUGGAGAGCUGACAAUCAUCUGUGUAAUGGUUCUCAGGGCCAGGCUUUCGUGACAAGAAAACUUGGCAGACGUGACCGGAGUAGCCAAGAUGAGCUUGACCUUUUGAUGGCCAGCGUAACGGGCAAAUAACUAGAUAAUAACACGUGCUGUAUUGGAUACUAAUGAAAUGACCCACAGGGUCUAGGACUGAUGCUGUCCACUAUGUCCAUCUUGCUGGAACAGGAUGUUUACGACAUGAAUAUCACCCAGGAGGAGCAGAACACUACAGACAACUACGACGCCUGGAAGGACGACUGGACCAUCCUGCGCGAGAACAGAUGGCAGACCAUCCUGGUCAUCGUCCUGUACUCCAUCGUCAUCAUCUUCGGCUUCUUUGCCAACUUGCUGGUGGUGGCGGUCAUCCUGAGAUACAAGCAACUGCACACGGUGACAAACAUCUUCAUCGCCUACCUGUCCAUGGCCGAUGUGGUCCUGUGUGUCUUCAACUUGCCCAUUCAACUGCACUACCAGCUCAGCAACAAGUGGAUGUUCGGCAAACUGCUGUGUUACGUGGCCUUCCCGACCUUCGGGGUACCGCUCUUCUCUUCCUCUCUGUCCAUCCUGAUGAUAGCCAUUGACCGGUACAUCCUGAUUGUGUACCCAUUCAAGAAGAGGAUGACCAACCUACAAGCUAUAGUCAUGGUCAUACUUAUCAUCAUAGUCACUGUGGCUCUAUCAACGCCUUUAGUGGUCUAUGUAGAGUAUGUUGAGAUAUAUCACCCGUACAUGAGAGAACCAAAGACAUUUUGCUUUGAGAGGUGGCCUUCCUAUUCAGACAAACAAGUGUAUUCAGUGUCUAUCUUCCUGCUUCAAUUCGUCAUGCCCAUUGGCCUGACUUCUUUCUUCUACAAACACAUCUGCCAAGUGUUACACAACAGACCGGUCAAGAAGUACGACACACGGCGGAACCAGAGGACUAACCGGAUCCUGAUAGCCGUGGUCUUGACUUUCACCAUAUGUUGGCUCCCUUGGAACUUGUUUGCCUUGACCGCCGAGUUCAGUCACGUGGUGGUCAAAGGACCUUACUUCCCUCUCAUAGACCUGGUGCUGAAGGUGAUCGCCAUGAGCUCCGCCUGCAUCAACCCGUUCCUGUACGGGUGGCUCAAUGACAACUUCAAGAAGGAGCUAGGGAAACUGUUUGGGUAUCAAAUGUGUUGGCGUCAGUCGGGGAGGAGCUCCAUCUCCUACUCUCGUACUACAGACAUCAAUAAUGGAAACACUUGUACACUCAAGUCGGAAUUAGGUUUAAAGCACAAAACUGAAAUGAGUGUCGUAUAACUAGACACAAGUGUCUUGACUCCAACAAGAAUAUGUCGUAUAACUAGACACAAGUGUCUUGACUCCAACAAGAAUAUGUCGUAUAACUAGACACAAGUGUCUUGACUCCAACAAGAUUUUGUCGUAUUACUAGACACAAGUGUCUUGAAUCCAACAAGAUUUUGUCGUAUAACUAGACACAA